AUGUACUGCACGCCCCCCACACGUCUUGCAACCCCAUAAAUCUAUGGCACCAGAUCUGCUGCACCACCCCCUUGUCGCUGGAUCCCCUUCUGGGCCAACCCGACAGAGGCCCAGGGACCCCUUCCCGGGGGCUGGCCCUCCGUCCUUCGGCGAGCCCCGGGGGCCGGGGGAGCGGCCCAGCGCCUCCCGCCGUGGGCUUCUGCACGGCGGAUGGGGGCGGCCGCUCCGCAGCAGCAGCCGGUGAGACGCAGCUCGAGGCGGCGCGCCCGGGCGGGAAGCCCGCCCUUCUCACUCCCCCCCGGGCUCGCCGCCGAGAAGCCGUGCAGGCUCGCGGUGCAGUGCACGCGGAGCUCAGGAACACCGAGGCAGUGCCACCGAGCAGUGUGCUCGGCAGGAUCGGACGGGGGCGCCACUGGUGAGGGCGAGGAAGAGGAGGAGGAGGAGGAGGAGGAGGAGGAGGAGGAGGAGAAGGAGGAGUCCAAGAUCAUUACCUAGACACUCUGCGCGACUGUCUGACAGAGGUGCCUCCAGAAGGGAGGUCAACGGCCUGCCGAGCGGUCUUGGCGAUCGAAUGAGCGAUCGAGGGGGAAAAUGACCUGCUGAUGGCAACACGCCUCUCCUGGUGGAGAAGACAUGCAUGGUGGUGGUGGAGGAGGAGGGGGCGGAGGAGGAGGAGGAUGAACAGGAGGAGAUGGAGGAAGACGAGGAUGAGAUACUGCGGCUGAGGCGAGCUAACGCCACAGCA